AUGUCUCUCAAACCCGUAAUGAUGCAGAUACACGGCGGAGCGUUUACUGGAGGAACGGGCAACGACCCUUCCUUAGACGGUGGAGCUCUGGCGAGUCGGGGAGAUGUGGUUGUUGUAGACAUCAACUACCGUCUCACUACACUCGGUUUCCUAGCUCUGCAAGAUGGAAUAACGAACGGCAACUUCGGACUCGGGGAUCAGGUGACAGCUUUGAACUGGAUACAAAAAUAUAUUAAACAUUUCGGUGGGGAUCCGAACCGGGUGACCAUCUUUGGUCAGUCGGCAGGUGCAGGCUCGGUCCGGGCUCUCAUGGCGUCUCCGCAGGCGACUGGGAAAUUUGCGGCUGCUAUACCGCAAUCGAACCUCGCUGGUCUAGCGUACGCUGCAACGUACAGCGAGUACUACGACAUUGCAACAGAGUAUCAGGUGGCCGCGAGGCCGAUCCUGAAUGCCACCGGAUGCUUGGGAGCAGCCUCCGAAGUCAACUGUCUGAGGGGUAUCGACCCUUUCGUUCUGGCGAAUCUUUCCAUCGUGGCGAGGUUUCUCGUUCAGGACGGUGUCUACAUCGCCACCAAUCGGCUCCAGCUCACUGGCAAAGGAUCGACUGCAAAUGUGCCUGUGAUGCUGGGCUUUAUGCGCGAUGACGGGGCAUCAUUCAUCACGUACCCAAAGACCGCAACCAACGUUACUUCCGUUCUUGGUCCAUCCGGCUUCAAUACCCAACUCACCCCGUCGACGCUCGCUUUAUAUCCCGUCCCCAAUGGACAGAACGCUACAACCAAUGUCUAUAACGCUUCUGCAGCCCUCGCUACUGAUGGCGAGUUCCGAUGCCUAGAUCUUGCUACAGCAUACUCUGGUGCACUGCACAAAACCUUCCCUGCGAUUUACGUUUACGAAUUCAACCGCUCGUAUAAUGGAUACGAUCCCAACCCUCCUGUCUGUCAGGCACCAGUUGAAGCCGGAUUUCCAGGCGGCAACCCCGCCAGGGAGUACUUCAAGUGCCACUCAGGGGAGCUGAAUUACGUCUUUGGCACGCUGUCGUACCUCGGUCUGCCAGAUCGGGAUGGGUACGAUAUCCCCAUGAGUCAAUUCGUCCUAGACACAUGGGCUAGCUUUGCAAGGACGUUCAAUCCCAAUCCUGAUCUUCAAUUCCUAGCAGCAAGGGGAUUUACCAAUACGACCAGCAUAGCACAAGCAAGCGGUUACUGGAGCAUGGUAGAUCCGGAAGAGCCUAGGUUAAGAGUCAUGCAGUAUCCGGGUUACGAGACAGAUUUUUACGUGUUCUCCAACGAUCAGCGGUGCAACGCUCUUGGCCUGCCGCUUGAUUACUACGAGAAUUAA